AUUGAAAUUAAGAAGCGCUCAAAAAUUAACAAUACCAAAAGUAUCAAUACAAAUGUACUUUCAUAUACAUAUGUAUAUUACUAUAAAUAGUGUAUAAAUAAAAUGAAUUAUUUGAUAAUUUCACAAGUGCUACCAAUCCUUCACAGACAUCUAAUGAAGUUUCUUAAUUCAGUGUGCAUUUAAUAAUAGUGUUUUCAUUUACUAAUAUAAAUACAUACAUAUGUAUGUUUGUGUGGCUAUAGUAAAUUAUAUAGUACAUUCGUAAAUGUACAUAAAUAGUAUAUACAUACAUAACCUAAUCAACAUAAACUAUCAAACGGAAUCUUUUUAAUUAUUCUGGAUUUUCAUCUUUAUUUUACUUUAAAUUUGAUAAAGUUAAAGUUAUCAAACUGGAGAAGAUAUUACCAGGACUGGAACCAUCACCAGGAGUUUCUGAAGAAUGGGGUUCUGGUUGGAAAGGCACAAAUUUUAUAAUCGAAAUCGAAGAAGCCGCAACGGAUUCUCCAAUAAGUGCAGAUUACAUCAGCAGCCGAGAAGACAUUUCCAUCGCCAAAAAUACAACAAAUAUGAUAACACAAGGUCCAAAAAUUAUAGUACGAACAGAAGAAAUUUUAAUAGUUGGCUUAGUGUUAACGCUAUGGGUUGGAGCAAUUGUUUUAUUCUUUAACCGUUGGGGUAAAAUACGCAUGUUAGAACCGUAUCAGCCGAAAUUUCAACAACAACAUCGAGCUUCUUGCCCUUUAUCCGAUAUAGAUCCCAUACCUCAUCAGCGUUCAUCUGUUUCACGAAUGUCAAUGGGUUUUGUUAACAAUGUAAAUAUGCCAUCAUAUCAAUUUUCUGCCUAUAAUCCAACGAUAUACUCAAAAGGUUAUUCAGCACACAAUAGGCCGCGACAAAAUUCGGUUUUUGUGGGUCCAAGCCCAAAUCAAUUUUUAAUGCCAAAACCACCACGAAAAACUCGAUCUGCCAUGGAUUUACAUUCGAUGAUUUUAGAUGAAACCGCAGAGCAAGUAUAAAAAACAAAGUGCAAUUGCUAUUUGAUAUGAUUAUUUUGAAAAUAUAUAUGUAUGUAUGUAUGUAUGUAUGUAUGUAUGUAUGUAUGUAUGUAUGUAUGUAUGUAUGUAUGUAUGUAUGUAUGUAUGUACAUUUUACAUACGUACAUAUGUUUUUUUUUUUUUAUAAAGGGAGCACAUUGUUGUUAAUAUUUAUGAUAAAUUUAAAAUUGAGUAAAUUUGAUAACUGUAAAUGAAAGUCUUACCAAUAAGGAACCAUUUCUACAAGGAAAACAUUUUUAAGAGCUCAACUACUUAUUAUCUUUAUACAUACAUACUUAAAAUAUAAUUUAUAAUCUUCAAAAUUACCUCCUUUUCUACUUGAUGUCUUUAUUAAUUACUAUUUUAUAUAAAAUAUUUAAAAUAAAAUUGUUAACAUUAAACCUAUUUAUUAUACACAACUUUUCUUCUAUUUAUGUAUAUCACACUCUUGCUUAUCCGUACUCAAAUACUGUAAAUUAAUUAAAAUUAAUUAAUUAGUUAAAAACGUUUUCGCAAUCUUAGAAAAUCUGUUAAAUCUGUAGUUGUUUUUGUGAACUGUUGUUAUCUUUAGAAAAGAAAAAACAUUUUUAUAUGAUAUGAUAUAUUCCUUACGUAUACAUAAAUUCAUAUAAAAAAGAAUACUUGAGAUAAGCUUAAAGGAAGAUAUUUAUAGAACAUUUUUUAUAUUUUUUACAUGCAUAAUUUUUCGUUAUGUAUGUAUAAUAAUAACUAUUUAC